GGCUUCGAACGUCGAAAAGCGCGAAUGGCGCGGCGGGUGGAGUGGGGAGGAGAGGAGUCGUGGUCCUAACCUGCAAUAUGCCACGCGACGCUGCAUUGUUUACCGAGGUGGGGAGAUCUCGGCGGCGGACGAGACGAGAGGCAUCGCGCCGUGGGGUUCGCUCGAGCGAGCGCGCACGGUCCCCGAGCUGGCGAUGCGAGUUGCCGAAAAUGGCGAACGCCGAGGUGCUGCAGCUGGACGUGUGGAAGGGCGACUGGGGCCUGCCGUCGGUCGACGUGGAGUGCCUGCAAGUUCUGGCGUAUGCCAAGUUCAGCGGGAUACCUUUAAAAGUAAAUCUAGCGAGCAAUCUGUUUAGGACACCGCACGGUCGACUACCGUUGCUUAAGGCUGGCCUACGUACUAUGGACACGGUCAAAGACAUAUUGCCCUUUUUUAGAACGAAACACUGUAGUUCUGACUGUGCGUUAAGCGAUAAGCAGUGCGCGGACGUAAUGGCUUAUGACGCCCUGCUUAAGGAAAAGUUGUAUCCAGCCUUCCAGUUUAUAUGGUGGAUAGAUAAGAAAAAUCUAGACGAGUUAGUCAGACCGUGGUACUGCAAGGCGCUGUCUUUUCCAUUUAAUUUCUAUUAUCCAGGAAAAUUUGAACGGCAAGCGCAGGCCUUGAUGCAGAGUCUGUAUCCGCUGGAAGAUAACAUAAAUGUUAUUGAAAAUGAGGUAUAUUCGGAGGCACAAAAAUGCCUAACGUUGUUAUCUACAAGGCUCGGAGAUAAAGAUUUCUUUUGUGGGCAACAGCCUAGUACAAUAGACGCCGUUGUAUACUCGUAUCUGGCACCGUUGCUCAAGGCUCCAUUACCGAACCCAAUUUUACAAAAUCAUCUGAAAGCCUGUACAAAUUUAGUCAAGUAUGUGUCACGCAUAUCGCAGAGAUACUUCGAGAAAGAAUAUCAGACUUACGAAAAGCAUAAAGCCGAGAAGAAUGCGGAAAGAUCGAGAAGAAAUUCCGAAAGUGAAUUUCCCAACAAGAGAAGAAAUCAGGUCCUCGCCGCGCUUAUCGCUAUAGUAGCAAUGGCAGGAUAUGCGUUAUCCACUGGUAUUGUAGAGGUGCUAAUAUAUUUGUUAAGAAGCAGAAAAUUUAUUAAAAUUCCUAAGAAGAAUAGAAAACGUACCAGUAAAGGAUGACGAGAUCAUAGACGUGCCACUGGAAUACAUACUGAAUGAUGAGGACGACGAAUAGCAGUUAGCAAAAAGAAAAUUAUGUUUUCACGACAAAGAUAGGAAAUAUAAAGUUAUUAAAUGCAGAAGAAUAUUUUAUUUCAUGCGAUACUUCGCAGUGAUUUACGUUCAAAAGUCUUGGUGUGGAAUAGUUCUAUAUUCGUGACACGGAGCGAAAGAGAGGCGGACAUUACAUAAAUGUAUAAAUAGCAAAACAUAUGACAAAGUAAAUAAAUAUUUUGGAAUAUGA